GUCACGUGUGGGUCGAGCUGGAAAAACAGAGCGAACUGCAGCGGCGGCCACCUUGGGGACCCUGGCCGGUUGGAGGGAAUCAUGCCUUACGUCCUCAUCAGCACUCAGAUCCGCAUGGAGGUUGGACCCACAAUGGUUGGCGAUGAGCAUUCUGAUCCAAACUUGAUGCACUAUUUAGGGGCCACUAAAAGAAACAUGCUGGGAAACCAUUUCUGGGAGUAUUAUGUUCAUGAUGCCCCCCGAAUCGUCUUGGACAAGCUGGAGAAGCGAGGCUACCAAGUGAUCAGCAUGACAGGAGUGGGGCAGACACUGGUAUGGUGUCUCCACAAAGAAAGUACAGAGAACUCUGACAUUCUUCAUGACCAAGACAUUGUUGUAAAUCGCCCUGCAUAAGACUGGCCUUGUUUCUUUGAUUAGUGGUUAUAUAUUGUUUUCAGACAUCGUGAAGUAAAAUCUACUCAGCAUCCAACAUUGAAAAAUAGCCAUUGGGGUAAAAAGCUCACUAUAGGAGAAAUGGUGGUCCAGUUAGCUGCAAGGAUUUGGAGAUUAAACCUUUUCUAGAAAGUUGGAUCUUUCUUGAGCAUUAAUUUGAAUCCAGCCUAGAAGUGCAUCUACUGAAGUGUUAAAUCUUCUGCAUUAGUUACUGCUGAAAAAAAUCACCUUGACACACAGUUUGCUGUGUAACCGUUUUAAGCUGGGGAGGGGGGCAAAGUUAAUUAUAAGAUGGCCAAACCAUUUCUGGGGAUGGAAAAGAAUAGACUGGUUAAGCACAGUGCCCUUCUUGUUGAAAGCAGAUCAACCCAUUACAUUUCAAGUGAGUGCAUGGCUGGAAUUAUGUGGCAACAUUUGCCUCUUGAACCCUCCAGUGACAAGUAUGGUGCAAAUGUUACACCAUCAGUUUUGUAACUGGUCUACCUUUAGUUGCUGGGAUUACCUGGAAGACUGUGUGUACCAAAUCAUACCUAAAGUCAAUAGCAAGAUUUUUAAAAAAUUGAUAAAAAACCAGAUUUAACAUCUACUAUUAAACGUCUGUGAAGAACACUGCAUUAAGCAGUUUAACUCUCGAUAAAAGUAAAGAAAUAACCGUUAAGAAAUAGGAGUUGUGCACAGUAGCCUUGAAAAUAGGGAAACUGCCAGAUUGCCAGACAUCAGCUCCAGCUGGCCCUGUGCAGCUUUCUUUCUGCUUCAGAAAAGGUUAUGGGCAUGCCAGGUUCCUAUGACUUCAGUGCUGCAGUGCCCCAUCAGUAGCACCACAAUAACCUAGGAAGAUUCCUUUAGUUCAAAAGGCUAUACAGUAGAACCUAGUAAAUCGCCGAUAAUCCAUCCGGAGAUUAUUGGCGAUUUACGAAAAUGGCGUAUUUCGAGGUAUGCCCUUUGCGCAUGCACAACGGCGUUUGCGUACCUUGGUGGCCGCCGAAAAUCGAGGCUGCCAACAAUUUUAGAUGGCGGAAAUCAGCACCUGGCAAUUGUCGAUUUCUAAAAUUGACGAUUGUCAAAGGCACCGAUUUUCGAGGUUCUACUGUAUCUGAAUCACCAAACAAAACUGAGAUGGUGGCAAAGACUGCAUGGCCAACAAUGAGACAUGAUUGAGCGCCUUCUGUGGAACAAACUCCCUCAGUGCCAGCACUUGUAUGUUUAUUAGUAUCAUAGGCUUUGGAUGCAUGUGACAUAAGAACAUAAGAACAUCCACUAUUGAACCCUUUCACAAAAACGUCUGUGAAGAUGCUGGAAGUUUUAUUCAGAAAUCAUUUUAUUGUUGUUGGAACUCUUAUCACGCCUCGGACAGAUAUAAAGCAACCUUUAUGUUAAUAAAUGUUCAUAAAUGUAAA